AUUUUCUAUUGUAAAAUUGAGUUUCACUCUUUGUCUUGUCGUGACAUAUAAAUACUAGAAAAAUAUCCUUUUGAAAAUCAUAAAACAAGAAGUUGGAGAUUUAGGAAGAAGUGACUGGCGAGAAAUAUGGAGAUCAGCAAAACGAUUGGCAUUGCUGCAGGAGUCGCUGGAACGCUUUUCCUAGGCUAUUGCAUAUACUUCGACCACAAACGCAGGAAGGAUCCGGACUUCAAAAAGAAAUUGCGUGAAAGGCGAAAGGCCAAAAAAGCAGCAGCAUCAGCAGGUCCUAAGGCAACGAUUCCCAACUUGGCAGACCACGAAGAGGUGCAGAGGUUCUUCCUGCAGGAGAUCCAAACCGGUGAGGCGCUUAUUUCGGCCGGUGACAUUGAAAACGGUGUGGAGCAUUUGGCCAAUGCAAUUAUUGUCUGCGGCCAACCAACGCAACUGUUACAGGUCCUCCAGCAAACGCUGCCAGCUGAAGUGUUCACGCUACUGAUUAGGCGCAUGCGACAAUACGGUAAUCAGCCAAAUGAGGGUGAGCGGACUAAGUUGCAGGACAUGAACGACGAUCUGGAGUAGGCAAAAACCCAGAAGCAUUGAGAAGUGAUCAGCCGUCGUAGUCAUCUGUGGGCUUUGGAAGCUGUUGAAUUAGUCGAGGAAAGAAGAAAAGUAGUGGAAGCGCGACUAUGGGAAUGGAAUCCGUUGGAAUGUCAAGAGAACCCCUUAACAUAAAACUGCCGACUAGCAUGAAGCAGCAAUAUGAUUUUCAAGUAAUCGGAUAUUAUUUGCGUAUCGAAUAUUAUCAUCUUAUCCGCGGUUCACUUGCUACCUGAACAAAUUUUUCCGUUCGAAAAUCUAUUCCAACGAACCCGAGGAUCAGUGUGUUCUGCUCGUGUUUUCGUGCUUGCUUCCGAUUCUAAAGAUGCAAAAUCAACUAAUCCGUAGUAGAGAAAUCUAUUUAGUAAUAACGAUAAACCAACACUUGAAUACAAGAAUAACUUUCGCGUUUCGUCGUUUGGGCGGAUGUACCGAAAAAACUUGUUCCACCACAUCACAUGUUAUUACCGUUAACAACAAUCUCGGAAUGAGUGUCUUUCAACGUGUUUCAGGCAAAAAUUCUACAGAAACCAUUGAUUUGGAAUGCGUGUGUAGAAUAAUUUUCUUGCAAUUCAAUCUCUUUACAUAGUUGCAUUUGGCACGUUUCGAUUGCAGUAAAGGCUCCUGGGCUGAAAGGCAGUUUAAAACGAAUGCACACAUAUUCGUCAUUACAAUUUAUUGAACGCAAAAUCUAUCCGGUCAUGAUUUAUUCCGUGAAAUUUCCUAAUUGUUGCAAUUCACGCCGUCCCCAGAUUGUAGACGUUGUUCUGGUAUUCAAAAUACUGCGCGUGUGCUGUUUCAACGCUCACAGCAUGCGGAAUGGAGUUAGCAGAGGCUCCAGGAAUUUCUGGAUGAUGUUUUUAAUGAUAGUCAUACUAUUUGCAUUCAAACGAUGGGAUUAUAUAUUGGAGAGAAACAUGAUGUCUUUUUUGCCUGGGUUUAUGUCAUAAAUGUCAUAAAUUUUGGGUUUAUUUCAUAAAUUAUGCAAUACCAAUAAUUUAUGAAAUAGAAGAUUUACAAAACUGAUUACAGAAAGGACCUUAAAACAGCGAUGUACGCGAGCCUCGAAACGUGUAGAAAUAUAUACAGUCGAAACUUACCACAAAGUAGUAAAAGACGGAACAACUUGUUAAAGCAGAUUAAUGAACUAUAUGAAUAAUCGAUAGCUUUCUGGGAGAAUAAAUGAUAUGCAGUGUUACGGCAUGCGUUUUCUGAUAGUACAAAUUCGCAAGGUAAGCUGAUCUGUUAACCGUCUGUUAUUUGGUCAUUCUU